CUUCACCAUUCAUCUUAGCAGACUACAGAAAGACAUGAGAAAGACCAAAAACACAUCUCUGGACACUGUGGUGACAGACUUCAUUCUCCUGGGCUUGUCUCACCCCCCGAAUCUGAGGACCCUCCUCUUCCUGGUCUUCUUCUGCAUUUACUUCCUGACUCAGCUGGGAAAUCUGCUCAUUCUGCUCACUGUGUGGGCUGACCCAAAGCUCCAUGCUCGGCCCAUGUACAUUCUUCUGGGUGUGCUCUCAUUUCUGGACAUGUGGCUCUCCUCAGUCAUCGUUCCUCGCAUUAUUCUAAACUUGACUUCUGCCAGCAAGGCAAUCCCGUUCAGUGGCUGUGUGGCUCAGCUAUACGCCUUUCACUUCCUGGGCAGCACCCAGUGCUUCCUCUACACACUGAUGGCCUAUGACAGGUACCUGGCAAUAUGCCACCCCCUGCGCUACCCUAUGCUCAUGAAUGGGAGGUUAUGCACCAUCCUUGUGGCUGGAGCUUGGCUGGCUGGCUCCAUCCAUGGGUCUAUCCAGGCCAUCUUGACCUUCCGCCUGCCCUACUGUGGGCCCAACCAGGUGGAUUACUUUAUCUGUGAUAUCCCCGCAGUAUUGAGACUGGCUUGUGCUGACACGACUGUCAAUGAGCUUGUGACCUUUGUGGACAUUGGGGUAGUGGCUGCCAGUUGCUUCAUGUUGAUUCUGCUCUCCUAUGCCAACACAGCCCGUGCCAUCCUGAAGAUCCACACUGCUGAUGGGCGGCGCCGGGCCUUCUCCACCUGUGGCUCCCACCUAACCGUGGUCACAGUCUACUAUGUCCCCUGCAUUUUCAUCUACCUUCGGGCUGGCUCCAAGAGCCCCCUGGAUGGGGCAGUGGCUGUGUUUUACACUGUUGUCACUCCAUUACUGAACCCCCUCAUCUAUACACUGAGAAACCAGGAAGUGAAGUCUGCUCUGAAGAGAAUAACAGCAGGCCGAGGGGCUGCAAGUGCAAAUAAGUAACUACAGAUCCGGGGACUACCUACAUCUCUGUUGCUAAUACUCCUUUCAGCUACUGUUGCACGUGUCAAAUGCUCAAUAAA